AUGUCGAUUCGGGAGAGUAUAUUCAGUAUUGGAUCCCGAAUGAUCCAGAGACACGACGAUGACAUAAGUUUCGAUGGUGCAUUUAUGAAUCUUGAUGACUUGCAUCAAAUGCAUAGUGACCUCUUGCAAGAAAUCUGGAUGUUGACUCUAGAAAACGACAUGUACGAGCGGUACCUGAGCCGACAAGAUCCUCCCAGUCUCAAAAAAAAUGUAUCAAUCGUCCAAAAUUCUUAUCAAGCCAUCAAGAACAUCCUGGACAGAGUAAAAAUCACAAAAAGAGUUACAGCACACUUAUUGCCAAGAUCAUCGCGUAUGAGCUUUCGAGAAAGCAUAAUAAAUUUCCACGACCCUGGCAGAUAUAGUGUUGUUAGUACACCUAGCAUUGUCAGCAUGCCAUCCGGAAGUCGAUUAGGAGCAACAAGCAUCAUGACAGUAGGAACUACAGGCGAUAGCCCGAAAAUCACAAUAGCGCAUCGAAUGUUUAUGGCAAGAAAGGAAGUGGAGGAGAUGAAACGGAAACUGGAACAGCUGCAAGUGUUCGUGCGAAAGAAGAAAGCAACCAUAAGGGCAGAGAUCGAGGAAAUCGAAAUUCGGAUCAGCGAGGCGCAUGAAUCGACGGCAGAGUUCGAAUCGGAAGUGGUUGUAGAGGGCGUGGACUCUAUAACAGGGAAGAUUCCUGCCGAACGAGUGAUCAGAUUCAUCGAAGAAUGGCUGAGAUCGGCGAACACGAUACUAGAGAGGCUAAGAUUGAAGAGCGCUACAUUGAGAAUGCUGAUCAGAAAGGCUAGACAGCAGCUUGCUCAGAGGAAGGAACUAGGCGAGUUACUUCACGUCGUUGACUUCGAGAAAUUAAGCAUCGAAAACCAGGACUACGCAAAGAUGCUCGAAGAAAAGAACCUGUACGUGAUAGAUAUGAAGAGGAUCGCAGGUGAUUGAUCUUGAACGAGUGUAAGAUCUUGUACAAGAUUAGGUCCGUACAUUGUAUUCGUAACAGGGUACUACCAUCUGAAAUUGACGCAACGCAAGC